AUGGAUAAAUUUGAUUUUUUUGCUGCUAUUCCUUCUAUUCCUUCUAAUAUUUCAAUUCCCACAAUCCCAUCAAUACCGGGAAUACAAUCAAUACCAGGUCUAAAUACUUUAACUAGGAAAUCUAUAUCAGCAACAAAAAAUGACGAUUUAUCAAUAUUAUUGGCGCAAAAACAAAAAUCUAUAUUACCACCUGAUAUACUGAUUCGCAUAUUGAAACAUUUACCAAUAACUUCUCUCCCGAAUUUUGCACUUGUUUCACGUCGAUUCAAAGUGUUGGUUUAUGAUGAUGAAUUAUGGGAACAACAUUUGAAAACCUUGGGUGCUUGGAAUAAUUAUAAUAAAAUUGUUGUUGAUGGUAUAAUGAAAUUAAUUCCAUACUAUAUCGACUUUAGACAUAAAAGAAAAGAUAGUAGAUUGUUUAAAGAGUAUUUUGAUCAAAGAAAUCAAGCUAAAAUGUUGGCUAAGAUAAAUAAUUUUGGUAAAAUAAAUAUCACUUCAGAUUCUGAUAAGAUUAAUAGUGCAUUGGAAACUGUAAUCGAAUAUUUUGAAAAUUCAGCUUUACAUCAUUUUGAGUUAGCAUAUGAUUCUCACAAUAUAUCAGAAAUGCAGAAAUGGGCUCAUAUUUUAUUGGAUUUGAAUGGAGGAAAUUCUUGUAUUCAAGUAUUUAUACAAAAGAAUUCAAUAUUUUUUGAUCACCUAUAUAAUCCAGAAGAAAAUUUCAUAAACAUAUCCUCGUCAUCGCCACCAAAAUCACCAACAACAUUAUCAACAACGUCAGAUUUAUCAUAUCAACCAUUGAAAGAAUUUUUCAUUUAUAUAGAAGAAGAAUUAAAACGACAAGCAACUUUAAUUGGACAAGUUUUUCCACAUGAUGCUGAUGUCUUCUUCACUUUUACGGAACGUGUUGUUGAAGAUGUUAUCUCAGAAUAUAUAUCAACAUUUUUAAAAUUAUCGCACGAUCAUGACAUUUUAUUAUAUUUGAAAAGUGUAGUGACAGCAUACAAUCGUUGUUUACAUGUUUGCAAGUUAAUUUGGCGAGAUAUAAAACCUGGAUUAAGUAAAAUAAGAGCAGAGGAUUUGAUAUUUCAAAUGUUUGAAUCAUUUAUGGGCUCGUAUUUGGAACAAGAAUUAAAUUAUGUUGAGAAACAGAGUGACGACGAAAUUGAAAAAUGGAAUCAAAAGUUGAAUCAAUCCGUUGAUGCACAACAGCAAACACUUGUUGAUAAUUCAAAUAGAGAAGUCUACAAACAUUCUUUAAGAAGAGUUGGUGGAUUUAUUGAAUAUCCUGAUAAAAUGGGUCCAUUACAUAUGAAAACAGGUUUUGAAACGUAA